AUGGUUCAGCAAGCCACCUAUUCCCAGGCAGCUACCUCAUCAGGUCAGAACCAGAUCCCUAAUCCAAUUCGUUACUGCAGCUCAGACAGGGGUUUUUAUCCAAAUGAUUUGACAAACCCUCUACACCUUCAUCCAAACGAAAGCCCCACUUUACAGCUCGUCACAGUGCAGUUGGAAGGGAGAUCCAACUAUCAUUCUUGGGCACGGGCCAUGGAGAUGGCUCUGAGAUCCAAGAACAAGAUGAGUUUCCGUCAACGGCCUUCUCACAGCGUCCUUUGGAUCAAUUCUGCUGAAGGCGUAUGGAAAGAUUUGAAUAAACGCUUCAGUCAACAAGAUGUUUUUAGGAUUGCAGAAAUCCAAUCACAAAUCUACCAAAUCAGACAAGGUAACUCUACCAUAAACGAAUACAUCACUCAGUUGAAAUUGUUGUGGGAUGAGCUUCUCGUGUUGAGACCAAUCCCGAAUUGUGAAUGUUCUCCCACCUCUGAGUGCAGAGACAAGCUAUCUGAGAAGGUGAAGACACAUCUGGAGAAUGACAUGAUGUCGGCCUUCCUCACCGGUUUGAACGAUAACUAUACUACUACCAAGCGGCAAAUCAUGUUGAUGAAACCAUUGCCUGAUGUGGAUAAUAGAAGGAAUUUCCCAAACCAGAAACAAAAGCUCAUGUGCAGCUACUGUGGAUAUACGGGGCACACUGUAGAGAAGUGCUAUAAGAAGCACGGAUACCCACCAGGUUGGAAACCAAGAAACAAAGGGAGUUCAGUCAACACGGUGCAAAGCUCUAUGGAAGAGGGUGGGAGUUCAGAAACCUGUUCUCCUUUUACCCAAGAAGACUGCAGAAGGUUUCUGGAAUUCUUGCAGCAAGAAAGAACCAGAACCAACACUCCUCUUGAUCUGAAUCUAAAGGCUAAUGUCAUGGCAGCCAACUUUAUUCCUAAAGCCAUCAGACUACAGACUAAUGCGAUGGCAGCCAAUUUCAUUCCUAAUGCUCAAUAUGAAGUACAAGGAAAUCAAGUGGAUUUACCCAAUGGACACUAUGCAGAGGUGUCACACAUUGGAUCUGUUCAUCUAUCUACAAAUCUAAUCUUGGAAAAUGAUCAACACCUUGGGAAGAUGAUUGGGUUGGCUAAGCUGAAGAAAGGACUCUAUCAUCUUGUUUUCCCUGUUUCUGCUCAAUGUAAUUUUGUUGAUUUCCCUGUUGCCAAUACAUGUAGUUUUUGUUCAUCCAUUGCCAAUAACUGUUUUGAUCUUGUUCAUGCUGAUGUAUGGGGAUACUAUCAUGUUCCAACUAUCUAUGGUCAUCAGUAUUUUCUAACUCUGGUAGAUGAUCAUAGCAGAUCCACUUGGGUUUACCUUAUGAGGAAGAAGAGUGAAGUAAGACAGAUUAUACAAUGCUUCUAUGAGCUAAUCAAAACUCAGUUUGGGAAAGUGAUUAUAUGUGUAAGAUCUGACAAUGGGAAAGAAUUUCUUAUGGAGAAUUUCUAUCAAACAAGAGGCAUCAUUCACCAAACAUCUUGUGUAUACACACCUCAGCAAAACAGUAUUGUAGAAAGAAAACAUGGACACAUUUUGUCCAUAGCAAGAGCCUUGAGAUUUCAGGUUAGUCUUCCUAAACAGUUUUGGGGUGAUUGUAUUCUUCAUGCAGUAUAUCUGAUCAACAAAAUUCCCUCAGCAGUUCUUGGCAAUCAAAUUCCCUACCAAAUACUCUUUGGCAAAGUUCCCCAAUAUCAACACCUUAAUGUGUUUGGAUGUUUAGCAUUUGCCAGCAUUCCCAACUACAAAAGAGACAAAUUCUCUCCAAGAGCUAGGAGAUGUAUAUUUCUGGGAUUUGCAAAUGGUGUGAAAGGCUACAAAUUAUUUGAUAUUCAGACUAAGGAGGUCUUAUUAUCAAGAGAUGUUUCAUUUUAUGAAAAUAUAUUUCCUCUUCAGGACUCACAUGAUAAGCAGCCAUUUGAUAUGCUUCUACCUUCUGAAGGGAUAUCAAACCUGAAAUAUGAUGAAGACACUUCAUUGCAUAAUAUAGAGGCUCCUUCUGAUGACUUACCUGGGGGUUCACCAGAUGUUCCAAUCCACUCAAAUGGAUCUAAUGAUACAAAUGAUGCAGAACCAAGCUCAGAACCAAGAAGGUCAACCAAGAGAGCCAAGAACUUACAAUGA